CCGGCAGCUGUUAAUGGCGGCAGUUAUGCGGCGAAAUUUCUCGAUCGUACACCCGUUUUCGUAAUUUCUUUAGCGAUUUACCGUUAAUAUAAAAAAACAGGCGAGUCGCAAAUGCUUAACUAGACGUCAGUUUUCUAAGUAAGCGCUAGAAUGGCCGCUGACAACGUUGUGGAUGGCAAAUCAAAGCUGGAAUUCGACGUCAACAUGACGUGCGGUGGGUGUGAGGCGAAAGUACGCGAGUCCCUGCAAAAGAUCGGCGUCCAGAACAUGGUCAUCGACGUGGACAAACAGAGCGUCGUGGUGGAGACCGAGAUUCCAUUCACCAAGGUCCAGGAAGCCAUUCGAAGCACCGGAAAAGUGGCCGUGCUGAAAGGGUACGGCCCUUCUGCAGCACAAGGUGUCGCUGCUGCUGUGUCCGAGAUCUUUGGGCAGUCUGGCAUCAUGGGAGUUGUGCGCUUCACCCAAGGCACUGAUGGGGCAUGCAUCGUUGAUGGAGUGAUAGACGGCCUGAAACAAGGGCAGACGCACCGGCUACGCAUUCACGAACUGGGUGACCUCUCCAAUGGCUGCCAAAGUACCGGUGACGUUUACGACCCACAUCCCAUUGCAUCAGAUGGCAAAAGGCCGAGGAGAUAUGGCAGUCUCGGUGAAAUAGAUGUUGACAACAACGGCCGGAGUGUCUUUCGAAGAACCAAUGACAUCGUGAAGGUGUGGGACAUCAUUGGCAGGUCCUUGGUUGUCUGUUCGGAGUCCUCAAAUGAGUCCCACACUGGAGACAAAGACUGCUCUAGACUCGCCUGCGGCAUCAUCGCAAGAGCAUCCGGCGUCGCCCAAAACCCAAAGAGAAUCUGUGCCUGUGACGGAGUCAGCGUCUGGGACGAACAGAACCCGCCCAACCUUAAAAAAAACGAUAGCUGAGCAAACUCGGAAGGAACGGUGAUGCUACUAACUACAACUUUUCCUCGUCAGCUUCGCAGUGGCGCAUGUGGAACCAGUUUUCAGCGCAGAGCCAGUGUGUUCAUUUCGGUGACGGCGUCACUGCUAUGAACAUGAGUGUCUAGUUACUAUCCUUGAAGGAAUGUUGAAGACAAGCGACAUGUGAUAUUGUGCAGUUCGCAGCCGACUCUUGAUAUCUCGAAUUUGGAUGUAAUGAAUCCGUUUUGUACGCUUGGAUUGGGACGUAAAUCCCACAUAUCAAUCAACUUUGUGUGCUUGAAUAUAAAGGCUUCUAUGCAUAGUUAGACCUGAAUCAGUUUAUGUCAGUGUGAACGCCCUGGGACUAUAUUUUUUUUUAAUUUCAAACACUGUUAAAGUGAAAACUGCUGAAAAAACUCACCUGCACUACUUAAAAAUAUUCUGAUGUGUGCACUUAGUACACAUCACAAUAUUGUUUUUUUGUUCUUGAGAAAAUGAAACUUCAACUAGUAAUUGGUUUUCUAGCUAUAUUUUCUUCCUGCAAAACUUCAUUACAUUUGGCAAACUAGUGAGUUCAUAUUGUGUUGGAGAAGCACAUGGUUAAUGGGUGUUUCAUGAUGAAAAAAGUUUGACUGUACUUGUAUAAUUUAUUCACCGAAAGGUGGUUUUCUAAUGUACACAUGAUGUUGGGAGAACUCCUAAGAAGCAUUUGAACAAGUAUUUAUUUCGUUUCCUAUUGACUACAGAUAGCAUGCUGGGCAUGGGCCCUUUCUUUACAUGCAUUCCGUUUCUAUCUGCAGGCAGCAUAUUAUUAUCUGUGUUUUACACAUUCAGUGCAUUUAUAUUGUAGUAUGUUAUGGCCGCGCUGGACGACAUUUUAAAUUAGCAAUAAACCUACAUUUUUGCUUGUUA